AUGCGAUUCUUCCUUCUAUCUGGUACCAGCAGUGUUGAGGUGAAGGAGAACCGCGACAGCAGAAACCAAGUGGACUAUUCCACCAUACUACAACCUGGACAUCAUACAUCAUCAGCUCUUUGCACUGACAUCUCCAAAAGAAAGACGACAGUGGACUGUACCCUGGUACCUACACAUCAUACACCAGCUCUUAACACUGACAUCUCCAGAGGGCUCUCCAGGACCACUGCUCUACAGAGGAAGCAGCCAUUGGUGGAAGGAAAAGACAGGCUUCUCUACGAACUCCAGUUGAUUUGGAAGACAAUGAUGACUUCCUGGUCUGGCACAAAGAAGAAUGCCCUGGUGCAUUUGAAUGAGCUGAGACCAGGUCUACAGUAUGAGAUAGUGUCUCAGACAGGGCCAGUUCACGCCCCUGUGUUUGCUGUAGGAGUAGAGGUCAACGGACUCAGGUUCGAGGGCCGAGGCCCCACCAAGAAGAAGGCUAAGAUGAGGGCAGCAGAGCUGGCUCUUAGGUCCUUCAUCCAGUUCCCCAACGCCCAUCAGGCUCACAUCACCAUGGGAAACCUCAACUUCAUCAACACCACAGCACCAGCAGACUUCACCUCAGAUCAGGCUGAUCUCGUCCCCGACACGCUCUUCAAGGAGUUUCAGCCAGAAGCACAGGAAGACCAAAUCCUUAAUCACAGAACAGGGGGAAAGGAGUUGCAGUUUGAGGAACCACCAGCACAAGGACAACUCUACAGAGCAGCGAAAAAAGGACAGGAGUUGCUCUCCAGUAUCUGUAACCAUGGGAGAUUAGUGCGCCUGACCCUUGACCUGAUGUCCUCAGCCAAUCAGAAGAGGCAGAGGAUCGGUUCCUCUAUCGUUGGGGAACUGAGGCCCGUGGCUCUGCUCAAUGAGUUAAUGCCAGGCUUGAGGUACGUCUGCCUGACAGAGAGAAAGAAAGGCAGGCCGAUCAGGAGCUUUGUGAUGGCAGUACGGGUGGAUGGAAGGGUAUUUGAGGGCUGUGGGCGCAGUAAGAGGCUGGCUAAAGCUUCAGCAGCAGCCUCAGCCCUACAGGACUUGUUUAACAUCAGUCUGGGUCCUGAGAGGAGCAUCAGAAAUACUGCCAGCUGGGCCAAGAGCGCACAGCUACCUCAGUGCUUUGCAGAGUAUAUCUUCCACUUGGUGAGAGAGAAACACAGUGAGCUGGCUGACUGUUGCUGCACUCCCUCCCAGUCGCACAGGCGUCACAAAGUACUGGCAGGCAUCGUAAUGACCAGAGGUUUUGAUCUGAGGCGUGCCCAGGUGGUGUCUUUGGGGACAGGGACCAAGUGUAUCAGUGGAGAGUGUGUCAGUGACCAGGGAUGGGCGGUUAAUGACUGCCAUGCUGAGGUCACCACCAGGAGGGCUUUCCUCCGCUUCCUCUAUGCCCAACUGGAGCUUUUCCUCUGCAACCGGCCAGGCAGUUUGGAGCAGUCGAUUUUUGUGCGAGACAAAGAGUCAGUAUACAGACUGAGAGACGGUAUUCUGUUCCAUAUGUAUGUGAGUUCAUCGCCCUGUGGGGACGCACGCCUCAACUGUCCCUACGAGAUCACAGCUACACACCAGAGCGGGUAUAGAUUUGUGAGGAAGUUGCGCUGCCAUCUGAGGAUGAAGAUGGAAGGUGGUGAGGGUACACUUCCUGUCAGCGUACUGAGAGCCAAUCAGAAAUGGGACAGGAGGUUGCCGAGGGAAGCUCCCGUAACCAUGUCCUGCACAGAUAAAAUUGCCAGGUGGAAUAUUCUAGGUCUCCAGGGCUCUCUCCUAUCUCACCUGGUGGAGCCGGUGUACCUCCACAGCCUCACAGUGGGCAGCCUGUGCCACACGGGUCACCUGGGAAGGACCAUGGCACGACGCAUGGGCCACAUCGCCCCUCUGCCCUCGUCCUAUAGACGCAACAGGCUACUGCUCGGCUGCCUCAGCAGCAGUGAGGGUCGGCAGCCAGGGAAGUCCCCCAGCUUCAGUGUGAACUGGAGUGCUGGAGAUGGAGAGCUGGAGGUGGUGGAUGUCUCCACAGGCAGGAAAGACUCAGGGACACCAUCCAGACUCUGCAAGAGAUCCUUCUUCACUCGCUGGGAGAGACUACACCACCAGCUUAGCAGUCCAGGAGGAGUAUUGGAUGCAGAGGAGGCCCAUUUUCUUAUGUCAAAUAGCACAAAGACUCUGUCUGCACGGUCGGUUGAGGGAAGAGUAUCGCCUAGGAGUGACGCCACCUGUCGGAAGAAAAUGGAGGAGGCCAUGAAGACGUACUGUGGAGCUAAGAUGGCAGCAGGGGCCUACCAGAGAGCCAGGCAGAAGUUUGUCGUCUCGCUGCAGGAGGCAGGUCUGGGCAUCUGGAACAGGAAACCACCAGAACAGGAGCAUUUCCAGAGCAGGGUGUGAGGGGCUCUCCAGUCCAGGGAAUUUUCUUUAGCCAAAUUCCCUCACACACACACACACGCACGCACGCACGCGCACGCGCACACACAC